AUGGUCAUAUCUAACGACUUUAAGAAGAUGUUGAAAGUGAGAAAUGCAGUUGAAUGUAAAGAUAUUGUCUUGAAUGAAAAUUUUUGGAGAAAUUGUUUGAUUACGGUAAAAGUGAUGACUCAUUUGUUAAGACUUUUGCGGUUAUGUGAUUCAUAUGAAAAACCUACAUUAGGUUAUGUUUAUGAGGGAAUGUAUCGGGCAAUAAGAGGGGUAAAGGAAUUAUUUAAGAAGAAGAAAGAAUUAUACAAGCCUUAUACUGACAUAAUUGAUCGUCGUUGGGAUAUAAUGCUAAGAAAAAAUAUUCAUAGUGCAACGUAUUGGUUAAAUCCAGUUUUUCAGUAUAAUCAUGAGAAUGUUUUUUCUAAGAGAAAGGUGUUUCAAGGUGUUCUCGAUAUGGUUGAGAAGAAUUUUUCCGGUACAAGCAUUUUAGAUCUCACACUAUCUCUAGGCAAGUUUCGUGAUAGUGAAGAUGAAUGGUGGAAACUCGACGUUGAUAAAAGGUCUUACGAUCCUAUUGACUAUGAAUGUAUUGACAAGACGGAUUUUUGGAUGGUUGAAAAAGAGUCCAAAGGAGAACUUGAUUACAAUGAUUUAGAAAAUAUGCUUCACGAAGAAGAGCAUGAACCGGCUGCUCAAACACAAGAAAAAGAAACCAUACCUGUUUUUAAUAAUGAAGAAGUUGACAGUGAAUUUCAUUUAUUAAGUGAUUGUGAGAUUGAUGCGUAUAACACUCCAAUGUCUCAAGAUCCAUAG